CCAGGCGCGGAGCUAACAAGUUCGGCGAUGGCUGGCAGUGAGUGAUGACCCGGUUACUGUCCGUUGCGCGCAGAGUCGUUUUGGCCGCCGUGCGCUGCAGCGCCCGCGGCUGCAGCGGUCUCGGCAUGUUCUAUGCCGUGAAGAGGGGCCGCAAGGCCGGGGUCUUCCUGACCUGGAGCGAAUGUAGAGCCCAGGUGGACCGGUUUCCUGCUGCCAGAUUUAAGAAGUUUGCCACCGAGGAGGAGGCCUGGGCCUUUGUCCGAAAGCCUGCAAGCCCGGAUGGACCAGAAGGAGAGAAAAAUGAACAUGUACAAGAAUCACAAGUGAAAACAAACAAGCGAGUCCGUGAGCCAUUGGACGCAGAUGAAAAUGCAGAACCGUGUGCGAAGCACGUGAAACAGAACACAGAAUCUGUGCCUUCAGUUAGCAAAGACACUUUUUCUUACAUGGGAGACUUUGUCGUUGUCUACACUGACGGCUGCUGCUCCAGUAACGGGCGCAGGAGGGCACGUGCGGGAAUUGGUGUUUACUGGGGACCGGGCCAUCCUUUGAACUUAGGCAUUAGGCUUCCCGGGCGGCAGACGAACCAAAGAGCAGAAAUUCAUGCAGCCUGCAAAGCCAUCGAGCAGGCGAAGGCUCAGAACAUCAAGAAGCUGGUUCUGUAUACGGACAGUAUGUUUACUAUAAAUGGGAUCACUAACUGGGUUCAAGGUUGGAAGAAGAACGGGUGGAAAACGAGCACGGGGAAAGACGUGAUCAACAAGGAGGACUUUGUGGCGCUGGAGCAGCUGACCCACGGCAUGGACAUCCAGUGGAUGCAUGUUCCUGGUCAUUCGGGAUUUAUAGGCAAUGAAGAAGCUGACAGAUUAGCAAGAGAAGGAGCUAAGCAAUCUGAAGACUGAACGAAGUGAUUUUAAUUCUUGGAAAACCUUCCGACACUGUCGAGAGAAUGAGAAGACAAGCCACAGACUUGGGGAGAGUAUCUGCAAGAGGCACCUCUGAGAAAGGACUUCUCCAGAACACACAAAGGACUCAAAACUCCAGAAUUAGCAAACCAACCCGCCCAGAAAACGGAUCGGUGGCCCUGACAGAGACCUCACCGAAGAAGAUACACAGGUGGCAGGUAAGCACCUGAAGAGCCGGUCCACGGCACAAACCGUCAGGGACAAGCGGUUUACAGCCGCCACGCCGCUGCACACGUACCAGAGCGGCCCAAACCCGAACUGCGACGGCGCCAGAUGCUGGUGAGGACUCGAGGCCUCGCGAGUGCUCGCUGCUCGCUGCCGGGGACGCAGGGUCACACGGCCACUUGGGAAGACGGUUUGGCGGGUUCUUACAAAACGAAACCUACUCUCACCACGCGGCCCGGCAGUCACGCCCUUGGUACUCACCCAAAGGGGUUGAAAACUUACGUCCACCCAGAACCUGCACACGGAUGUUUGUAGAUCUGUGUGUAAUGGCCAAGCCCUGGAAGCAACCGGGUGACUGGACAAACGCCCUGGAACAUCCGUAUUCGCUAAACCGUAACCAAUUAUCAAGUCACGAAAAGACUCGGAGAGACCGUAAAUGCACGUUACUGAGUGAAAACCGAACCUGAAAAGGCUAUGUGCUGAAUGAUCACAACUCUAGGACAUUCUGGAAAAGGCAAACCUGUGGACACAGUUAAAAGGUCAGGGGUGGC